GGUGAAUUCCUAUAAAAAAAAAUGUAUAAAUGGAUAUGGAAUUUAAAAUAUAGCGAAUUCAUCAACGAAUUCAGUGCUGUAUUUCAAUCCCUGGCGAUGCUGUAUUCAAAUCAGGAUUAAUUAUAUCUACUAUGAAGGUAAAACGACAGUGUUCUCUUCGGAUUCGGAAGCUGGCAAGAUGUUUUCUGUUGACAUGUGUACUGCUAGCUGUGGCUGUAAACAUCACCAUAGUCAGGGCAAUGUUUUAUGAAAACUGGGGAUAUAUGUCAUUCUUCAGCAAAACAAGGAGACAAGAUAAUAAACAUUCUUCAUUAAAUCUGCAGCCAAAAAUUCAGAUCACAACAACACACAUUGCAUCAGUUGAGUCUCCUAAAUGCAUGUUUUACGAGUCUAGUACGUAUACAUCAGAAACUUUCCGCGAUUCUCAUUUCAUGACAGUGAGUUUGAACGGUCGCCUUGGUAACCAAAUGUUUAAAUAUGCCUCUUUACUUGGACUUGCUGCCCAACAUGGAUAUACACCAUUCUUACGAAGAAAAUCUCUACUUUUUUCUGUCUUCGAAUCUCAGAGAUAUUUUCAUCAAGUUUCUAUGACAAAUGACGUUUCAUUCGGUGAACAUCAUGCAGGGAUAUAUGACUGUAGGAUUCACAACUUCACUCAUUCCAAAAACAUAACACUGCAUGGAUACUUUCAGUCUUGGAAAUAUUUUCACCAUAUCAGUGCGCAAGUCCGGAAGUUGUUUCGGUUUACUGGCGAUAUUGUAAGGAGAGCUAAACUGGCUAUAGAUAAAUUCCAUCCUGGUAAUAGAACACUGAUAGGCGUGCACGUGCGACGAGGUGAUAUGAACACUCGGCGUGAAUUGCAACGUGGCUACAAUGUAGCGGACCUUAAAUACUUCCAAAAGUCGUUUGAGUACUUCCGGUAUAAAUUCGAAAACGCCAUGUUUAUUGUUGUAAGUGAUUCAAUCAGUUGGGUGAAAACAAAUCUUGCUGCCAAAGAUGUCGUCUUUAGUGAAACCGGCAUUGCGUAUUUGGACAUGGCCAUACUUGCCCAGUGCAAGCACAGUAUUAUUACUUCCGGAACAUUUGGAUGGUGGGGUGCAUACUUAGCAGGGGGAUCAACCGUGUAUUUCAGGGAUUUUCCCAAGCCAAAAACGUGGCUAGCCGGGCAAUAUAACAAAAUGGAUUACUAUCCUCCUCAUUGGAUUCCUAUGUGAUUAUAUUAGGAGCAAUGAAAUUAAUAAAUUCUCAUCUCUAUAGUAUAACAACAUGAUUUAACACGUACUUGUCUAGGAUGAUUCGAAUCUAGUCAAAACAAUAUAUGUUAACAUAAAUUAAAAAAAUGUUCAUUUUUUA